CGUUUGAGAUAACUGCUGUGUCCUGAAACUCCAUCUCUAAUCUUAGAUCCCAGCGGUUAUUUAACUGUUUUGUGAUAAAUCCGCAGUGGAUUUAAGUUUUUUCAAUUUUAUUCAUGCUUUUGCUGUCAAAUUCCAAAGUUUAAAUAGAAACUGAGUAUUUGCUGGUAAAAGGCUCCAUCUCUGGUUACAAAGAAAAACCCAAAAAAGAGAGGAAAGAGAAAGGCCACUGGUGGAGUUUUGUGGUUAUCCGGGUAUCGGAUACCAGAAAAGGAGUUUAGUGAGAGAAAGUACAGAUUUUGUGGAAGUUAUCGGGUGAGAAAAAUUGCAGAGGUUGGGUGUUCCUGAGAUGGGUUUGGAGUGAUUGUGGUGAGAUCUGGAGUGACUGUGGUGAAGAGUGAAGAUAACCAUGGAGCCUCCAAGUGGGGUUUUCGCUUCUCUUUUGGACUUCAUCCGUUUCUUGCCUUACUUCGUUGGGCUUCUCAUUCUUGGUUUUAUUAAAGGUAUCAUUUUGUGCCCGGUGUCAUGCCUCAUUAUGACAAUUGGAAAUUUAGCAAUAAUAUUGGGUCUUUGGCCAGCACACUGUUUCUGGACAUAUUAUUGCAUUUUGAGUGCUAAACAGUUUGGGCCAGUUUUGAAGCUUGUACUGUGUGGAUGCGUUCCUGUCCUUUUGAUUUUGUGGCCAUUGGUUGUCAUUGGCUGUAUUGUUGGCGGUGCAGCAUAUGGCCUGCUCGCACCAAUGUUUGCCACAUUUCAAGCCGUUGGUGAAGGGAAGACAGAUAAAUUUUACCAUUGUAUCAUUGAUGGAACUUUGGACACGGUCAAAGGGGCUUGUAUUGUUGUCAGGGAUUCUUGGGAUGUAUGUUUCCAUUCCUACUUCUCAGUUAUGAAGGAUGUUCGGCAACAAGGGCCUUCAGAGGGAAAAUAUUAUGAGAUCAGAUUGCUCUAUCUUCCUGGAGCUAUUACAGCUGGGGUCUUAGGUUUCUUGGUUGACAUGCCAAUGUUCUCUUUUAUUGCCCUAUGUAAAUGCCCUUACAUGCUGUUUAAGGGGUGGCACCGUCUGUUUCAUGACUGUAUAGGUCGGGAAGGGCCUUUCUUGGAGACAAUAUGUGUACCAUUUGCAGGCCUUGCUAUCUUAUUGUGGCCAUUGGCUGUUGUUGGCGCAGUCUUAGGCUCCAUGGUGUCAAGUAUCUUUUUGGGAGCUUAUGCCGCUGUAGUUGUUUAUCAGGAAUCCUCUUUCUGGUUGGGGCUUUGCUACAUCAUUGCUUCCUUGUCCAUAUUCGAUGAAUACAGCAAUGAUGUUCUUGACAUGCCAGAAGGGACCUGCUUUCCUAGGCCUCAAUACCGAAAGAAGGCUUCAGCAGCGCUAACCAGCUCUCGUACCACUUCUUUCUCAAGGGCCGACUCUUCUCGAAAUUUGUCCACUCGCACAGUUUCAUUUAGGAAUAAGAUGGUUGAGUUGUGGCCACUUGAGUUACUUGAUAGCUUAUUAAAGGAAUGUCAACGCCAUGGGGAAAUAAUGGUUUCUCAAGGGCUGAUUACCCUUAAAGACUUGGAAGAUGCCAUGUCUAGUAAAGAUAGCGGCAGAGUUGUAAGCAUUGGUUUACCAGCUUAUUGCCUCUUCCUGGCACUUCUGCGUUCUGCAAAAGCCAACUCUACUGGAUUUUUGCUAAGUGACAAUUUCACUGAGAUAACUAGCGCAAACAGAGCCAAAGAUACCUUCUUCGAUUGGUUUUUCAAUCCACUUUUAAUAAUUAAAGACCAGAUCAAAGCUCAAAACCUCUCUGAGACUGAAGAGGAGUACCUCGGUAAAUUAGUUCUGUUACGUGGUGAUCCUGAGAGGUUGAAAAACUCAAAUAUUGGUUCACCACCUGAAUCUGAGCUGAAAAGAGCUGAACUUGAUGCAUUAGCUCGAAGACUUCAAGGGAUCACCAAAUCUAUAUCCAGAUAUCCUACAUAUAGGCGUCGUAUUGCUACUAGCAUCAAGACCAUAUCAUCAGAACUUGCCAAGAGAGAUAGUAGCAGCAAAUUUAUCCAUGAACCUCAAGCAGUUCCCCGGUCAAAAAGUACUUUUACCCAUUUAUUUAGCCAGACAUCAUUUAGAAGCAGAACAAACAACAAUGAGUCUGAUCCAGAGGCUCAGGCAGUUGGUGAAAGAGAUGUUUCUAUUGAAUAAUGAGAUUCACUUGUCACCCACAUCUAGUUAUUAGUUUUGCAAGGUAAUUGCUAUUUUUUAGAUAUUUUUUCAUGCAACAGAAGUUUGGCCUGAUUGUAUUUAGAUUUGGUUCUUGCCAUUAUGUUUGGUUCUUUCUUGCUAUUUUGAUUGGUUUGUAGAGGCCUCCACGUAUUUCUCUCCUUUUUGGAUAUGUAAUUUGAACCCGGAAUUCAGCUUAAACGAAUUUAUAAUUGCCCAGUUUGUAAGCAUGGACAUCACAUGCGAGUCUCAGUUUUCUUUUUGCAGGAUGAAGGAGAGGAUAGAAUUCUUGAGUAGUUGCACUUUAAGAGAGACAUUUGCUCUGUUCUGUUCUGUUUUAUGCCCUGUUUGGUUUAAAUGAAAGUUGGGUGGAUGGAAAAUGGUGGAAAGAAAGUUGGGUGGAUGGAAAAAAUUUUUCCUGUUUGGUAUCAAAGCAAAGUAUGAGGGGAAAGGAAAAGUGAAGAGAAAGCAUUUCGCUCUAGCCUGUAAAUUUUUUUUCUCCCCAAAAGUGGGUGGAAAGUGGGAAGGAAAAGUGGGACAAUCUAUUUUUUAAAAUAAAUAUAUUUUUUUG